AUGCCCCAUUCAACGCCCGCCGUGAACGAUGUUGAAGUGGGGGAGUCGCUGCCUCCCCAGACGCCGCACGCUGUGAGCGUUUCGUUACCGACCUGGAGGGCGAACGUAGGAUACGAAGAAGGAGAAGAAUGGGUUGUCAGCAAGAUGGUAACCGGAUAUCCACGGUUCUUCGUCCACAAAAUCAUACAAAGGUUUGCCGCCAAGGUUGCUGCCAAAUAUGGACAGCCAGACGAUCAAGCAAUGCUUUUCCCAACGUCGGCAAUUGCAGGAAGAUGUCGGGACUUUUUCCUGCGCCAGGCUCCGGAACUGGACGCUCAGCAAUUACAGGUUAUAGAUCUCGUACCAACUUCCGAGAAGGCACGCUCUGAGGAGUUCUCUGUAAUUUCGCCGAGAGUCUCGGCAGUGCUUUUUCCUGGAUUUCAUUUUAAGGUUGCGAAAACCUUUUGGCAGCAUUCAGGAGAGGGUGUGUCGAGUCGGCGUGCUGAAUACUGCGAAAGCCUAUAUGAUGAAGGUCUUUUAGUAGACUCUAAGGAAACCGAAGACGUACCGAAAGUGUGCAAAGGACCUCGGAGAUACAGGCAGAAGACCUCUAUCGACCUCACCGGCUCUAAUGGCCACUCAAUUGGAAGUGAGAAGAACGAUUCCAUACAAUUCGUCGAGCAAAGGUUCGGGCGCAACCUUGAUAUCUCACAGACCAAGAACGCAAAGCUGGCCGUACGAAGACGCAUAGCUGGGUCAUUGACUGCAGACGUUGGACUAGACAAGGCCUUGUCCGUAGAGAAGGAUGCUGACAGGACUCGCGAUGUUCCUGAUUUCUCUGAAGAUGACGUCUACCUCUAUCCAUGUGGCAUGAGCUCUAUAUUCAAUGCUCACAGAAUCAUGAUGUCGACAAGGACGCCGCUGAAGAGUAUUGUUUACGGAUUCCCAUACAUCGACACCUUGAAGAUCGUGGAGAAAUUCGGUCCGGGAUGCCACUUUUGCGGGUUUGGGUCAUCAGAAGAGUUAGAUGACCUAGAAAGGCGACUAGAAGGUGGUGAGCGCUUUCUGGCGCUAUUCACGGAGUUCCUUGGAAAUCCUCUGCUGCGUUCCCCCGACCUUGAGCGCAUUCGCUAUCUUGCCGACAAAUACGAUUUCUACGUCGUAGUCGAUGAAACGAUUGGGAACUUCCUAAAUGUUAACGUGCUACCUCUUGCGGAUAUAGUCGUCAGCAGUUUGACGAAGGUAUUCAGUGGCGACAGCAAUGUCAUGGGUGGAGGGCAAUCAAAGAAUUACAAAGUUCUCAAACGCGCUUGGGACGCAGACUACGAAGACAAUCACUGGGCAGAGGACAGCAUCUUCCUUGAGCGCAACAGCCGGGACUUCGUAUCGCGUAUCGAGCGCAUUAAUGCCAACGCCGGAGCAAUUGCCGAAGUAUUGAAGCCGCAUCCAAGAGUGAAGAAGGUGUAUUACCCCAAGUACAGCGACACUCGUCAAAACUACGAGAGAUGCAGAAAUCCCAAUGGUGGCUACGGCGGCCUCUUAUCUGCGACAUUCCACACCAAGCAGGACGCAGCCAAGUUCUUCGACAACCUCGACACCGUGAAAGGGCCCAGUCUAGGCACGAACUUUACGCUCAGCUCCCCAUACGUAAUUCUAGCGCACUACCACGAACUCGACUGGGCAGCAUCAUGGGGCGUAGAGGCAGAUCUUGUGCGUUUCAGCGUUGGCCUAGAAGAAACGAGCACAUUGGUCGGCACGUUCCAGCGGGCUCUCGAAGCCAUCACAGACACCACUGCUUAA